CAACAAUGAAUGCAGUCGGUCCCGAACAGAGCAUACGUUUGGACGCGUACCAGCGACGCUGUGCCGGAUUUUCGCCUGUGGCAGAAUGAAAUUAUCCUGAACCCGUGGGCGUCGCAGAUACGGAUCCAGGCGCGCGGAAACAAACCCACAAGUCACCGGUUAGACACUGACGUGUCACACGCUAUAUAGCGGCAGUUGCAGUUUAGUGGUUACAGUUUUCACGCAAUCCUCGGUGGGUGAAGGACGACGGCACCACGCGUGUCUGUCUGGCCCGGCUCGACCUACAUUGACGCAAAACACCACACACCGACACACAUGUCCGGUGUUUUCCGGUAAAUUGUAAGCACGGGCGUGAAAGAGAAAGGAGUGUGUGUGUGUGUGAGAGAGAGAGACAGAGAAACAAAAUCACACUACAGUUUCUCCGCGAACUCCCGGUUUCCGCCAAUACCUUGCCAUUACAUCGCGCUGGUGGUGUUGUAAAGUGCCAUCAUCAUAGUAACCAGUGAUAGCUGAACUAGUAACCGAAUUUAUUAGAGCAAACCACUCAGUCGAUAGCACAAAAGCCUGCCCGACCAAAGCCAACACGCAAAUAUCCAAAGCAACCGAGACACGACUGCUUACUUUGUGUGCACAAAAAAGGCAAAGCCAAAAUGUGCAGCGCCAACGAAAGCAACAACGGCACCACGUCGCCAUCGGUUCUGUCGGAAAACCCGAGCGACUACGGCAAUAACAUGAAAAUAUUGGACUGCAACGACCAGAUCAAAGAGCUGCAGACGAUCAUUCGCGACAAAAACACCACGCGGAGCGACUUCAAAUUUUAUGCCGACCGGCUGAUCAGGCUGGUGAUCGAGGAAAGCCUUAAUCAGCUGCCCUACUCCGACUGUUCCGUUAUCACGCCGACCGGUGCGAUCUACGAUGGGUUGCGAUAUCGUUCCGGCAACUGUGGCGUUUCCAUUAUCCGAUCCGGUGAAGCGAUGGAGCAGGGAUUGCGAGAUUGUUGCCGAUCGAUACGAAUCGGUAAAAUUCUGGUCGAAUCCGAUGCGGAAACGCACGUCGCUAAGGUGGUGUACGCAAGAUUUCCGGACGACAUUGCCCGGAGGCAGGUCUUGCUAAUGUACCCCAUAAUGGCCACCGGCAACACAGUUAUACAGGCGGUCAGCGUGUUGAAGGAUCACGGCGUCAAGGAAAGUUCGAUCAUUUUGUCCAAUCUGUUCUGCACACCGAUUGCGGCCCGGAUGGUGGUGACCGCUUUUCCCGACCUGAAGAUACUGACCUCCGAGCUGCAUCCGGUCGCACCGAACCAUUUCGGCCAGAAGUACUUCGGCACGGACUGAGCGAAAGGCGAAGGUCGUCGUAGUAGGCGCGUUUACCAAUCCACUCUUCUCGCUACUGCCAACGGGGCGUUUCGGGCGCUACACUUUGUUCGCGAUCAGCUACUUAAGGAUAUUUGGCAGGGGGAAGAUGGCCAAACGCAACACACACACACAUACCUAACAACGACGAAGCGAAUGCAACGAUGUGUACUUAGGUCUCAAAAUCCGGCCGCGCGCGUGAAAAAAACACUUAAGGAAACGACGGAAGGAAACGAAAUGUUCGGUGUGCUUACCUUUCCGAUGCAAGCGUUCACCGUAGACUGGCAGGUUGUGUGUUGGAGCGAAGCGUUUAUAGAACAGCUGGAUGUGAGGCAUUGGUUGCUAGGCAGCGGGACACGGUACCGGGUUGCCAUACACCGGCUACGGCCACUGUUGUAGAAGGUGUUGUAGUGCAUAAGCUUUAAAGUAAUGGAAUUUAAAACAAAAACCAGAUUCAGUCACUGUCAUGAAACGAAACCUUUCGCGUUUCUCCAGGAGGUUAGAAGGACGAUACGUUAGCGAAUAUGUAAUAAGGCAUAUAUAUAUAAAACUGUUCAUAAUAUACAUACAUUUUAAAGUGCGAAAUCGUAC